GGAUGUUACUUUCCAUUGUGAAGAAGUUGAUUGUUUUCUGUGUUUCCGCCCCUCAGCGUGAGCUUAUCGUCACCAUCUGACUUUAAGUGAAACUCUCAUUGUGUCAUCAGCCCUCGUUUCUCUUCCUGUCUGCCUACUGCUGUCAUUUCAUCCUCCCUCUCUCACACACACACACACACACACACACACACACACUGUUCGGUUCUGCUGUUGAAAGGAUGAUUCUAGCGAGUAUGCGUCAACUUCUUCAUCUUUCUAGGGCGCUGCUGGAGCAGAAGCAGCGGCGGAAGCGUCAGGAGCCGCUGAUGGUCCAGCCGAACUCAGAGGGACGUCCGCGGCGCUCUCGGCCCCGCCGCAGUGAAGAACAAGCGCCGCUCGUGGAGCCGCACCUCAGCACUGCCAGUGACAUCAUCCUAGACGGCAUCGACGGCCCCGCGGCUCUGCUGGGUUCAGAAGCUCCAGAUCUGGGCAGUAAGAUCCAGGUUCUGUCGGUCAGUCCACCGCAGCAGCCCUCGCCGCCCGCCGCAGAAGAGCCGGAGACAGACGCUGACACCGACACACUGCUGGAGCCCAAAACUGACAUACACACACUACUGCAGAGACGUGGACUGUCUGGCAGCAUGAACUACGACGAGGUCAGCGAUGAAGAUGAUGAUGAAGCCGAAGAGCGAAGCCGAUCGCUGUCGCCGAACACAGAGAGCACUCGUCCUGCGUCGGCCUCCAGCACCAAAUCCACCACGGAGUGUCUCCCGGUGGGUUCUCCGUCGGCUGAGGGCUCCUCCGUUGAGGUGGAUAAUCUGGAGGAGUUUGUUCUCCGUCCGGCUCCGCGGGGGGUCACCGUCAAGUGCCGUAUCUCGCGGGAUAAGAAGGGCAUGGACCGCGGCCUCUAUCCCACGUACUUCAUGCACCUGGAGAGAGAAGACGGCAAGAAGGUGUUCUUAUUGGCCGGACGCAAGAGGAAAAAGAGCAAAACAUCCAACUAUCUGAUCUCUGUAGACGCCACAGAUCUGUCCCGUGAGGGCGAGAGCUUCAUAGGAAAGCUGAGGUCUAAUCUGAUGGGAACCAAGUUUACUGUGUACGAUAACGGCACGAACCCCUCGAAAACCCCCGGAGCACUGCUGGAGGAAACCAACACUCGACAGGAGCUCGCCGCCAUCUGCUACGAGACCAAUGUUCUGGGCUUCAAAGGGCCGCGGAAGAUGACAGUGAUCAUUCCCGGCAUGAACAUGAACUUCGAGCGGGUUCCGGUUCGGCCCGCGUGUGAGCAGGAGUCUCUGCUGAUUAAAUGGCAGAAUCACUCGCUGGAGAAUCUGAUCGAGCUGCACAAUAAAGCGCCGGUGUGGAACGACGACACACAGUCCUACGUGCUCAACUUCCACGGCAGAGUCACACAGGCCUCCGUCAAGAACUUCCAGAUCGUCCACGACAAUGACCCUGACUACAUCGUGAUGCAGUUUGGCCGUGUGGCGGAGGACAUCUUCACUCUGGACUAUAACUACCCCAUGUGUGCCCUGCAGGCCUUCGCUAUCGGCCUGUCCAGCUUCGACAGCAAACUGGCCUGCGAGUGACCAUGUGACACGCCUCACCCCUACACACACACACACACACACACACGGCUCUUCACUCAGGACACUAAAGCACAGUCGUCCUCAGGAAGAGGAUUUGUGCUAUAUCACAAUAAUUAGAAACAAAAGGACCAAAUUAAUCGUUUUGUAAAGGAAACGCAUCAAAUCAUUUAACCUUUUACUACCUGGAAUAACUGACAAGAAGAUCCUGCAACUUUUUCUCAAAAAAGAGAAUAUACGCAGGAUUUAUGCUUUAAUGGACCGAUAGAAAAGAGACUGAGGAAUAUUCUGAAAUGAGAGAGAUUUUAUUUAGGCUUUUUUAUGAUGUUUUCCGUGAUGUUCUGUAAGUGUCUGAUGGAUUUGAAGAGUAUGUUGUUGUUAGGGAGAAUCUCACAAACCGUUGAGAACAUUUUCUGCUCAGAAUUUUAUUGAAGCUUGUUCCUGCCAUGGGAUAAAAAAUAAAAAAGGUAAUUGUGAAUCACAAUUCUGACUUUUUUCUCACAGUUGUGAGAUUAUAUUUCACAAUUUGGACAUUUCUUCUCAAAAUUUUGAGUUUAUAACUCACAAUUCAGCAUUAAUGUCUCACAAUUCUGAGUUUAUAUCAUGCAAUUUUGCAUUUAUAUCGUGCAAUUCUGUGCUUAUAUCUCACAUUCUGUUUAUAUCUCGCUAUUCUGCGUUUAUAUCACAAUAUCUGUUUAUAUCGCACAAUUCUGAUUAUUUUGCACAAUUCUGAGUUCAUAUCUCUGAUUUUCUAUCUUACAAUGAGUUUAUAUCUCUCAAUUCUGUUCAUAUCUCGUAAUUCAGAUUUUUAUUUCUCAAAAUUCUGAAUUGCAAGAAAAAAAGUCUAAAUUGUGAGACAAACUUAGAAUUGUAAAAAUUGUCACAAUUACUUUUUUUUUUUUUUUAUCCCGAAGAAACAAGCUUCCAUGGACUUCACCACUGAAAUCAAAAGAAAAAAUUAUAUGGUGCAUUAAGAAAAUUAAACAAAAGAAUCAUGUAACAGAGCAAUUGGGAAUUACAGUAAAUUAUCCAGAUGCAUUAUGGUAGUGAAAGUUUUCAUAUCUAAAAAUAUGCCUCAUUGUCUUCAGGUAGAGUAUAGUUUCUUCUUUUUGUUAUCAAGGUGAUAUGUGUCCUAGAUGUAUCUUCAUGAGAUUUACAUUUUUAUUUGGAUGAUGUUGAUGUAUUUUUUGCAUUCUGCAUGUUCAAAUAUGACAUUUUUAACACCUUCUUUUUUAAAACGUGGUCCGUUAUUUGCUCACCAAAAGUCCCUGAGGAAACACAUUGCAUGUUAAUAAAUGAGGAGAAGCGCUGGACUCUACGUUAACCUUUAAAAACUGACGCACACCUCCGGUUCUUACUGCUUACUGCUGCAUGAAUGGUGAACAUUGCCUUAAAGGGAUAGUUAUAAAAUUCUGUCAUUAAUUACUCACCCUCAUGUCGUUCCAAACCUGUAAGACCUUCGGUCAUCUUCGGAACUCAAAUUAAGAUAUUUUUGAUGAAAUCAGAGAUCUCUCGGACCCUCCAUAGAGAGCAACACAACUGAAAUACUGAUGUAUUUACUACGUUUCUGGACCUGGGAACAUUUCAUUUCAUUCCUUUUUGGGGUGAACUAUCCCUUUAACACGUUGCUGUAGUGUAAAUAGCGUUUGAAUGCUGGGUCACAGAAGAACGUUUACAUCCUGAGAAACUGCUGAAAAAGGGAAGCUCAAGCACAUUUGUUCCUGUUUAGUGUGUUACCUGUUGAUAUGAUUGAUGUGUGUGUUGAUAUUCAUCAUAUGUUGUGUGUCUGUCAGCCAAGAUUAUAUACUAUAUAUAUAUAUAUAUAUAUAUAUAUAUAUAUAUAUAUAUAUA